AUGAGACUCGACUACGCAGUCGUUGCCUUGUCGCUCCUGACGAGUGCCUCGGCAGCCGCCGUCGGCGAUGCACUCAGCAUUGCACGCGUCGAUGUCCAGGAACAUGACCUGUUCAAGCGCAAAGGUGGUGGUUCUGGCGGUGGUCGUGGAGGCGGCAGCUCAGGCGGCAGCUCAGGCGGCAGCCGUGGCGGUUCCUCCGGUUCAUCUUCAUCUGGUUCGUCCGGCUCGUCUGGCAACCGUGGCGGCUCCGGUUCUGGCUCGUCUGGCAACCGUGGCAGCUCCGGUUCUGGCUCCUCAAAUUCUGGAAAUCGUGGCUCAUCUAGCUCUGCAGGCAAUCGCGGCUCGGGCUCUUCUUCAUCUGGUUCGUCUAGCUCAUCCGGCAACCGUGGCGGCUCCGAUUCCUCAAGUAGCUUCAACCCUUUCAGCUUCACGGGAAAUCGCGGCGGCUCCGGUGCUUCCUCCUCCAAUUCUAGAAAUCGUGGCUCAUCAAGGUCUACAGGCAAUCGCGGCUCACCAUCCAACACUGGAUCCAAUGUAAACUCUGGCGGUACCACAAGGGCCGGCUCCGGCCCUCAACCUCGCUUCGGCGGCGGCCAGUACUACAGCGGAGGCUCUCGCGUUCCUUUCGCCGCCGGCAGCACCAGGAACGGAAUUGUCCCCGGUCUCCUCAUCGGCUCUGCGCUCGCCUUCUGGCCCGCUCUCUGGCUCAGCGGCGCAUACAUGUACAACUACCACGACCCCUACCGCUUCCGCAAUGAAUCCAACAACAACAGAGACGAAGAGUUGCCCGUCAUUUGCGGCUGCGCCGAGGGCGCUUCAUGCAGUUGUGACGACAGCGGCAACACGACUGCAACUCUCAACGAGCUUGUCGGCAACGGCAGUUAUGCCGGCCUCAACAAGAGCGUCGUCACCGUUGGAACCAAGGAUGGCCAGAAAGUUCUCCUCAUCAACGGCACCUUGCCCAACGGCACUACCGCCCAGGGUGAUGAAGACAGGGAUGCUGAUGGCAACUCCACAGAGUCGUCGGACUCAGCCGCCGUCAAAAUAGCUCUUGAGAAUAUGGGCUUGUGGCCUGUUGUCCUCACUGCCGUUGCUAUUGUCUUUGCUGCCUAA